UGUGAAUUCGUUUGUUGCGUUCAUUGAAUUUAUUUCAGUUUAGUGGUGAUGUUGUAAUUUCUAGAUUUUUAAUUUAACAUCAACAGUAGCUACAUACUUCAAGAACUUUGGAGACGGAAAUGUGCUGAUGAUAUUUCCAUAGUUUUUGUGGAAUCGUCUGCGCGGGAAAUGUGGUUACGUCUGUGACCUAUCAUCCUAUCAAUCGACUAAAUAAAUAAUAGCUCUUGCUACACAUAAAGAAUGAUUUCGAAUAAAAGUCGAGAAACACGACGAGCUCGAAUGCCUAAGAUGUCUAAAAAUAUAGAACGUUUGUACAAAGAAAGCAAAUGUAAUGAGUGUUCAGUGGUAGUGACGCGAAUGGACUUUGCUAAGAUAUUGGGCAAAUUCACCAAAGUGAAAAUACAAUACGAAAGCUCCGCGCUCAGAGGUAAGAAAAAUAAUCAACAAGUUACUUCGCCAAAUUCAAGAUUGAAAAGCAAUGAGAAUGGUAUGGUUCUUAUACAUAGAAAAGCAUACAACCAACACCCUGUAAAGGAGUUAUUGAACAGCAAGGCUACCAAAGGUAAUGAAACCCCAGCCAAGAGUAAAAAUGCCCUAAAGGAGAAUAGCAAAAUCAGUGCGGCAUCAACACCACGACAAUCAAAUAAUAUAUUAAAAGAGAAUAACAGGAUAAAGAAAAUAGCUGCAGACGAGAAGAAUGGUAAUUUAUAUUUUAAGAAUGUGAUCAGUUCUAACUUAAAGACGUAUGGCAUUGUAUUUGUAAAGCCCCUGGUAAAUAAUAGUAAUGAUCAUAAAAGCAAAUUGUCGCUAGCUGACAUUUUGCCUUCUAUCAAUGCAAGUUUACUACCGUCUGAAGAGUGGUGCAUAGACUACUUACCGAAAAAUGGCGAACCCAAAGAAGACAAGGUUUAUGACAGAAUAGCAGCAGAACUAGAAGAUUUGAUGAAUAAUGAAACAUCAGCUAUGAAGUCCGAAAAUAAAGAAGUAACAGAGAACAAAGAUGAUUUUCCGUCUAUCAUGGAUAUUCUCAAUGAAAAUACAAGUGGAAGUAACCCAUCUAAUAGCCAAAGUGAUUCUAUGGAAUUCAAAUCGAAUCUAGAAUCAAGUGAUGAUGUUGAAGCUAUUUUGCUUGGAAAAUCAAAUGACAGCAAAGCAGCUCUAACCCCUAUGGAGGUUGAUAAUCCUGAUAUGACCAAUUUAAUGGAUGUUGUUCAAAUGAACACGGCCCAAGAGGCUGGUAAAUUGCCAGAUACUUUGGGAGAAGAAAUGGACAAUCCUCACAGCCCCUCCAUUCUUGAUGAAGCUCUGCAGAAAGGAAUUGAGGAACACCUCCCAGCCAUAUCUGAUAAGGUUGAUCCAGAAAUAGGUGACAGCACAAAAACUGAAACAAGUGACACAACAGACAACUCCACUGCUGGAACUGUGGAUAAAGAGAACAAAGAUUUCCCUGUAAUAAAUUUAAACACUGUAACUCAUGUUGUAUUCAAAAGAAUUUCAAAUGGAGUAUGUUACAAGUCAGUAACAUGUCCAAAGAAUCUGAAAUACAGUGUGGAAUUGGAAGGCAAAUUUGUUGAAUUCCUUGGGGCCCCUAAAUUUAUUUCUAGCCUAGAAGAUUUGCAGGUACUAUUGCAAAUUGUACACGAGAGUGACUUAGACAGUUUAUAUGUUUUACAUUAGUAUAUUUAGUUGUAUACAUGGAUUUGUAACUAUUUAUGUUCAGGAAGAUUUUUAAUAUUAUUUUUAUCACAAAUGCCCUCAGUGCACUUUAUCCGGCAUAGACUUGAAGGUGGUAUAUAACAGUACCUGUAAUUAUACAUUAUGUUUUUACACAUUAGUGUCAAUACAUCAUUGUUUUCCACAAAAAUGUUAAUAUGGUAUAUCAGCAAUUCUACGAUUUCAUUUGCAGCACUAACAAUAUAAUACAUUAGAGCUUCAUGCUUUAUCUAUUUGUUUUGUAAAUUUUUCAUAGAUUUUGUUCCAAAAAGUUAUUUAAUGGAUGGGCUCAAUUGUAUUGUGUUUUAUAUUGUCACAACUAAAACACUAUGAUUAACAUUUUAAUACAAUACAGUGAGGUUAAAACACAAAACUGCAAAAACCUUGUAUGAACCUGGACUGUCAUGUAUCAACCUAAGGUGACAUUAGAGCUCUUGUAUACAAGUUAAUACACACCUAGUGGACUAGUAUUUCUCUUCAAAAUUAAUAAAUAUAGUAAGGCUUGAAAGUUCAUAUAUAUUAUGUAUUCGACAUGUAAUAGACUGAAAAUAGGACAUGCACUAAAAUGUUACUUUUAAUUAAUUAAUUAACUUAUAUAAUUCUGAAUACAAAUUAACGAAAAUCAAUAGAGCUUAUUCAUUUGUAAAAAUAUGCUCUAGAUUGACCAUUACUAUCAUGAAUAGACAACAUUAA